AUGACUAGAAAGGACUCCAAGGAAAGGAAGGAACAGGUAUAUGAGAAGGCUAGGAGGCUCUUUGGAACCUACACCAGGUUUGCUCUUGUGGGAAUCGAGAAUGUGGAGUCGACUCAGCUCAAGAACAUCAAGAAGGGUUGGGGAGAGGAUGUUGAAUUUCUCAUGGGAAAGAACUCGGCAAUCAAGCGUGCAGUAGCAAGUCUUGAAAAUCCCAAGCUGUCAAGUAUCCUUGAGCUCAUCAAGGGAGACGUCUGCUUUGUGUUUUUCAAGGGAGACGUUAGGGAUGUCAAGAAGGCCAUUGACGAUAACGUCAGAGAAGCGUGUGCCAAGGUUGGAAACAUUGCACAGAAAGACGUAUGGGUGGAAAACUGCAUCACAGGAAUGACUCCAGACAAGACAUCAUACUUCCAGGUUCUUGGAAUAGCAACCAAGAUCACAAAGGGUAAGGUGGAGAUCAUCUCUCCAUACAAGGUUCUUUCUGUAGGAGAUAAGGUGGGGCCUUCACAGGCCAACCUCCUUGGAAUGCUCAACAUCAAGCCAUUCAGUUACAAGAUGGUGAUGCACCAGGUCUACGAGGAUGGAGUGAUUUAUGAUUCAUCUCUCAUCGACAUCGGAACGGAAGACAUCGUCUCAUCCUUGAGAAGUGCAAUAAGCAGCAUAGCAGCAAUAAGCCUUGGUGCCGAAAUCAUUACUCAAGCCAGUAUGCCAUACAACAUCCGAAACUCAUUCAAGGAUAUCCUGCAUGUUUCCUUCGGAGCCGACUUUGCGAUCAAGGAGCAAUCCAUGGUCAUGGCUAAUUAA